GCCCGGCCAUGGCUCCCGCACCGGCACCGGCCCCGGCCCCGGGGACCCGGCUGGCGCUGCUGGCCGCCGCCCUGCUCUGCGCCUCGGCGAGGGGCGACGGGGACCCCCCCGACCCCGUCUACCUGCCGGCGGACCUGGAGGUGCUCGGCGUACCCGAGUACUACCGGCUGCAGCGGGCAGACCAGGACCUGCCCGCCAACGCCUCCCUGCACGCCCGCACCGAGACCUACCUGCUGCUGCGGCACGGCUCUGCCGCGCAGCCCCUCGUCCAGGCCACCUACCCGCCCUUCAGCACCCGGCAGGAGGUGCCCACGGAGAGCCCCCCGGGAAGGGAUGGCUCGGCAGCCUGGGCCAUCCGUGCCGUGUCCCUUGAGAGCGCCGUGUCCCCGGCCGAGCCCUUCGCCCGUGUCCUCUUCCACCUGCAGGGUCCCGACUGGCCCGGGCAGCGGGACCACCCUGGGCAGCGGGACCUGCCCUGCGUCACCCUCCAUGCACACCACCGCGGCCGGGUGGCCCGCGGAACGUGCCGCCUGCAGGCACCCCUGGGCGUCUGCGUGGUGGAGCUUGAGAUCCCCCCGCGCUGGUUCUCCCCGGCCCCCGAGCCGGUUGAGCUGCACUACGGUGUGUUGGGGCCAGGAGAGUGCGGCCGUGCCGGGGGCCGGGAACGGAGCCGCGGCGGAGAGGCACCGCGGUACCUGGGCGCGCUGGAGCUGCGGGCGACCGAGCCGGCGCGGCGGCAGGAGGUACGGCUGGACGACAAGGUGCUACUGCGUGUGCCCGACGCCACGCUGCGCCCGGGGCAACGCUUCACCGCCACCCUCGCCCUGCGGCACAACUUCACCGCCGACCAGCUGACGCUUCGGAUCAAGGCGAAGAAGGGGCUGCAAGUGGUGGCCGCCCGCCCCGGGACCCCCGCCGCCUGGACCGCCCAGCUGGAGCGCACCCGGGGUCCCAAGCACUCGACGGCCGUGGUGACCUGCCGGCGGAGCGGGGACGCCCACGGCGGCUGGAGGGCGGCCGAUUCCGCUGCGUUCCUGCACUUGGACCUGGCGGUGGAGAACGGGACGGGGGGGCUGGCGCCGGCGCGGCCCCUCACCUGGCAGGUGGAGUACCCCGGCCAGGACCCCGAGGCCCAGAAGGACAAACUGGUGUGGGAGAUCCAGGUGUCGGAGAGGGACGUCCGUGCCCUCGUCCCCCUGGUGCAGGAGCUGGAGAUCCUGAACACGGCCCCGCUGACGGGGGUCCCCCGCACCGUGCCGGUGAAACUGGUGGCGGUGGAGGCGGGGGGCGGCGUGGCCGAGCUUACCGAGCCGCCGGGCUGCGAGUCGGCUGACAAGCAGGUGCUGCAGGUCUCGGAUGCCUGUGAUGCGGUAUUCGUGGGGGGCAAGGAGAGCCGGGGUGCUCGGGGUGCCCGGGUGGACUUCUGGUCCCGGCGCCUGCACGCCUCACUGCGUUUCACCGUCUGGGCACCGCUGCUUCCCCUGCGCGUCCAGCUCGGUGACACCGCGCUGGAGCAAGUGCGGGGCUGGCGUCUGCCCGGCGGCCCCGAGAGCGCCCCGGCGGAGGCGGAGGAGCCUGGGGAAGAGGCUGAGCGGCGGGCGCGGGGCUGCCGGCCCCAGUACCAGCGGACGGCGGUGAGGGUCCUGGCACACUUCGUGGCCCACCCGCUCGAUGGUGGCCGUCACCUCGCCUACCUGCCCGGCCCCGACUGGCUCCUGGAUGUCACCCACCUGGUGGCCGGCCAGACCCGGGUGCAAGACCCCCGCGUGGCCUCGCUGGAGGGGGGCACCGUGGUGGUCGGCCGGGAGCCGGUCACCUCCGUGGAGGUCCGCUCCCCGCUCUCGGACUCCAUCCUGGGGGAGCAGAUGCUGGUGGUGUCGGAGGAGAAGGUGACGGUGACGGAGCUGCGCGCCCAAGUGGUGUCGGGGCUGUCCCUGACGCUGCGGGCAGAGCCGGGCCACCCCGGCGUGGUCACCGCCACCGCCCAGGGGACGGCCACCCUGCGUGCCCCCAAGCAGGAAGCGACGCUGUCCGUCUGGCUGUCCUUCUCCGACCGCACGCUGGCCCCGCUGGAGCUGUACGGCUGGCACGACGCGGCGUUGACCGUGACCUCGCUGGACCCUGCCGUGGCCACCGUGGGGGGCUCACCCGGUGUCCCCGCCACCCGCCCGUGGGUGGUGGCGGAGGGGCCGGGGCGGGGGGCUCUGCUGCAGCUCAGCCUGCACCCCCCGGAUGCAUGCCGCCGGGGCAGGCACCGGGCAGCUGCGCUGGCUGCCGGCACUGCCUGGCUCGAGGUGGGGGUCAGCCGGCGCACCCCAACCCCCGGCAGCCCCCGGCCCCGCGGUGGCCACCCCCGGCCCAGCUCGCCCUUCCCGCGGGCCGAGGGGGCCAUGUCGGGGGAGGCGGUGACGGCGGCCAGCGAGCCACGGCGAAGGGACCCCGCCGGCGUAGGACCUGCCUCCACCAAGCUCCAGGGGCUGGGGUCUUCCUCAGAGGAGGAAGGCUAUGGCCGCAACCACGCCAGCGGGGAAGAAGAAGAAGAGGAUGAGAUGGUGAAGGCUCCCGAGCGGGUGACCGACCUGGAGAUCGGCAUGUAUGUCCUGCUGGGCGUCUUCUGCCUGGCCAUCUUCAUCUUCCUCGUCAACUGCAUCUUCUUCGUCCUGCGGUACCAGCAGAAGGAGCUGCCAGAUGCCGGCGUGGCCCCCUCGGCCCCCCAGCCCCACAACUGGGUCUGGCUUGGCACCGACCAGGAGGAGCUGAGCCGGCAACUGGACCGCCGGCAGCCCGAGCCCCCGGCCCCCGAAGCGGACACCGAGGCCGGGCGCUGCUGCUGCGGGGUGCCUCCGGGCACCGUGCCGGGGUCCGAAGCAGGGGAUCCCCCGGCACCCCGAUGCCCGGCUCCCGUGCCCCGUAAGGAGGGGGGUACGCCGGGAGGUGGCCGGAGGAAGCGGGUGGAAUUUGUCACCUUCGCUCCUCCCCGGGUCCCCGAGGAGCCCCCCCAGCCCGCUCCCAACGUCCAGUCCAUCCUGGUGGCCAGCGAGGAUGACAUCCGCUGGGUGUGCGAGGACAUGGGGCUGCGGGACCCCGAGGAGCUCAGGAGCUACAUGGAGAGGAUCCGGGGCAGCUCCUGACCCCCGGGGGGGCAGCCCUCGGUCCCCCCAGCCCCGGGGCAAACCAGUAAGGGACCGACCUCCUC